AUGGUAACAUCAACAAACCCAGAUAUUAUAAUUGGAACCGAGUCUUGGUUAAAACCUAAACAUUUUGAUAAUGAAAUCUUUCAUCCAGACCUAGGUUACACCCCCUACAGAAGAGAUAGGAAGAAGCAGGCUGGGGGAGGAGUAUUUAUUGCUGUUAAAAACUGCAUUAUAGCACAAGAAGCUACCAACCUCCAAACUGAUUGUGAAAAUAUAUGGGUCAAAAUAGAAAUGCAAGGUUCCAAACCACUGCUUGUAGGUUCUUACUACAAACCUAAAGAAAAUGACCCCUAUAGCCUGGAUGAGUUCAAUAAAUCUCUAUCCAUGGCUACAAAGUCAAAUGCAACAGUAUGGGUAGGCGGGGACUUCAACAUGCCAAAACUUGAUUGGUCAAAUAUUACUCCAACCUCAGACUGCAAACUUCAGUCACACUAUAGAGAUUUUAUUAACAUUCUUUUUGAUAAUAACCUUACUCAAGUAGUCAAAGACCCAACCCGAGAAAACCAUAUCUUAGAUCUGUUCCUGACAAAUAACCCCUCCAUUGUUAACAGAGCCAACGUAAUCCCAGGUAUCAGUGAUCACGAUGCUGUCCUGGUCGACACAAAUACCUCCGCCCGCAUAAAGCUCCAAAAACCACGUAAGAUCCACUUAUAUAAUAAGGCAGACUGGGACGGUCUUAGGUUACAUAUGUCCAACCUUCAUGAUUCUCUUACCAGGUCAAAAAGUUAUUCCAACAAAUCAGUGGAAGAGUUAUGGCAAACAAUAUCCAGCUCAAUUGAGGAAGGGGUCAAUACUUUCAUCCCAUCAAAAUGGUCAUCCUCCAAAAAUAAACUCCCCUGGAUCAAGGUUAACCUCAAACGUUUAUACAGGAAAAGGGACAAAGCCUACAAGCAGUACAAGAGCCAUAACUCAAAUAAAUCUAGAGAAAAAUAUCUCAGUAUUAAACAUCUCUGCAGAAAAGAAACUAAGUUAGCCUAUCAAAAUUACUUAGAAGAUAUACUAAACAUUAACAACAACAUCUCUCAAGAACAUGAACAAACACAAACCAGACCAAACACCAAAAAGCUAUAUUCACUAUUAAAACAUUCAAAACAAGAUUCUUUUGGCAUUGACUCACUGAAAAAACACAAUAAACUGUAUACAUCAGAUCAAGACAAGGCAACAGUACUAAAUGAACAAUUUCAAUCAGUUUUCACUUCUAAAUCCCCUGUUUCUCUUAAAUUCCUUGCUGAUAUGAAGGUACAGGAUCAGGCAGAUACAGGUAGAGAGGUUUCCCACACAUCAUUUAGCCCACAUAACCUCAUGUGUGAUAUUGAUAUCUCUGUAAAAGGUGUUGAGAAGCUUUUAAAAAACCUCAACCCCAUAAGGCUGCAGGACCUGAUCAAAUUAGACGCAUUGUGCUCAAAAAUACCAGUAAAGAAUUAG